AUACACGAGGAGAGCUGUAGGCCAUUACUCCAGCAAAGUCGGAUAAGGGAUACGUGUCGCCAAUCAUUGGAUAUGAAUUUUUUCGUCUUAGUCAAAAGGCAAUAGAUUAGGAAAACAGGAGUCCUUUUCAUUUUGUUCCAAACGCCUGAAAUGUCUUCUCUCAGUUCUCUUCUCCUCCCUUCCGUUUCCGUUCAUUACUUUCGUUAAUUACUGCUCAUUAAAUUGAACCCCUUCUUAAUUAUGCCUUAACUAUGUCUGUUACUUAACGGCAACGACAUAACCAGCUAGGCUGAAACUGAAUUGGCAAAUUGCCCAUCACCACCACCACGCGAAAUUCCAGAUUCUCCAAUACCGAUUGGACCGUCUAUUACACGCGCAUCCACAACGGACACUAUUGCCUUUUUGGCGGCAUCACUUCUUCGCCACUUUCUUCCGUGUUCCUCAUAUAUACCCCCCUCUCUCUCGCUCGCUCUCUCGCUCCCCGGGCUUCACUCUUACCUCUCACGCUUACACUAACCGUUUUCUCAAUCUCUCCCUGCUUCUGCUUGCGCUUUAAAUCAAACACCUUCAGUUCUUUCUGUUUGCUCUGUUCGUUGAACUCACCAUGGCAACUUCUUCCAGAGAGGACUGCUACUCUGCGUCUUAUCAGGAUCGCCGAUUCUCUAAGCAGGUUCGCGAUAAUGUCCAUGGCUACAUCUAUCUGGAUCCGAUCUUUCUGAAGUUCGUUGAUACCGAACAGUUUCAGAGACUUAGGGAUAUGAAGCAACUUGGUCUUACGUACCUGGUUUACCCAGGAGCUGUGCAUUCUCGCUUUGAGCACUCAUUAGGUGUGUAUUGGCUGGCUGGUGAAGCUAUUCACAGAAUUAAAGCUCACCAAGGCUUGGAGCUUGAUAUUAACAACAUGGACAUAAAAACAGUGAAACUUGCAGGACUAUUGCAUGAUGUUGGACAUGGGCCAUUCAGCCACUUGUUUGAACGCGAGUUUCUACCGCGGGUUCUUAAUGGCCUUAACUGGUCUCAUGAGGACAUGUCUCUGAGAAUGAUAGACUAUAUUGUAGACACGCAUAAUAUUGACAUUGAUCCUGAAUGCCUAAAGAACGCAAAGGAGAUGGUUGUUGCUAGCCAUGAACAUGCUUCUUCAAGAUCUGCGAAUGAAAAGCAAUUCCUAUACGAUAUUGUGGCAAAUGGUCGAAAUGGGAUAGAUGUUGACAAGUUUGAUUACCUUGUUCGCGACUCCAGGGCUUGUGGACUGGGGUGCAGUUUUCAGUUUGAGAGGUUAAUGGAUACCAUGCAUGUUAUAGAGGAUGAGAUAUGCUACCGAGCCAAGGAUUAUCUCACAGUACACAAAUUAUUUGCAACACGUGCUGAUAUGCAUCGAACAGUCUAUACACACGCAAAAGUGAAGGCAAUAGAACUCAUGGUUGUUGAUGCCUUGUCAAUAGCAAAUGGUUAUCUUCAGAUAACAGACAAAAUUGAUAAGCCGGAUGAAUUUUGGAAGUGCCAGAUAGAUGACUUGAUAUUGAAACGUAUUGAAACUGAUUCCAGCGAGAAGCUCAAGGAAGCAAGACAUUUGAUUCAGCGCAUCAGGAGAAGAGAUCUAUAUCAGUUCUGCAAUGAGUUCUCUGUUCCAAAGGACAAACUAGAGCACUUCAAGGACAUCACACCACAGGACAUUGUUUGCUCCCAGAAAGCUGGACGCAUUACACUAAAAGAGGAAGAUGUUGCUGUGAGCAUUGCUAAGAUUGAUUUGACACGUGGAAGGAGCAAUCCUCUUGAAAGCGUCAAAUUUUUCAAGGACUAUGAGAGCGGGGAUAAAUUCUCAAUACAAGAUCAUCUGAUCAGCCACUUGCUGCCUUCUUUUUACCAAGAUAAGAUAGUGAGGGUUUAUGCUAAGAAGCCUGAGCUGGUGGAAGCAGUAUCUGAAGCAUUUGAGAACUUUCAACUGAAGAUAUAUGGAAUGAAAGCACAGGUACAUGCUACUCCUGAGAAGAAGAGACUACGCAAGAUGAUGUUUUCAUCUUAGAGAUUGUACAUGUUAGUACAGAUGGAAAAGGUAAAGUAGAGUAAGUUCGCCAAUCAGCAAAUGCACAAAAUACUUGGAAAAAGACCUCAGCUUACAAGUAUACAUGUUUUCUCUGGCAUACUGACACUUGUAGCAUUGGAGUAUGAUUAUAUAGGAAAUGAUAUUACUCUUCAUGUUAGGCAUCACAUGAAAGUUGUCUGAAUAUAAAGCAUCUGAAACACUUCCCAAAUAUUAACUGGCCAUUCUUCUUCUCGAUA